GCCACAGGCGAUUCGCGCUCUUGGCAUACUGGAGAGUCUGAGGGAGGAGCGGAUCCCACUCUCGCAGCCAGGGAUGAGUUUUGGUGGACACGAGGCCAUCUGGCCUCGGGUGGUGCUUCGGAUCUCUGGGAUAGAGAUCAAUCGGAUGAGCUAUCUGGAGUCUCUGAUGCACUUCAGAGUCGAGGCAAGACACUAUCCGGAACGGGAUCGAACACAGAAUGGA